AUGGCGGAGGUCGGACUGAUGCCGGUGCCCGCUGGCCGCCCGGCGAGACGUGCUGUCGCGAGUGACAUCUGUGUGCGGCGCGCGCGUCCAAGAUGGCGGGCGGCGAUGAGGCGCAGUCGGCCGCCGCCGCCGAGAAGCCGUCUGAGAUGGAGCUACUUCGGAGUUCGGGGCAUGCUGCAGCAGCAAUUGGAGCUGGCUGCAGCGGCAGCGCGACGUGAGGAGCGGAUGGCCGCGCUGUUGGAGCGGGUGCUUCCCGGCCCGACGGCCGUGCAGGACGCCACGGCACCCGCCCAGGAGUUUGAGGCCUGGAAAGAGAAGUUCUCCGGCUACUGCCUCCUCACCGGCGUCCACGAUCUCACCGAGGCUGAGCAGCGGGCCGCCCUGCUCGCUGUUCUCGACGACGACUGGGCCCGCGUGGUCCGGUUUGGCCUGCCCAUCCCGGCCGAGGCGUCCAUGGCCGAUGUAAUCACCGCCAUGCACACCCACCUUCGGCGGCAGCGGAACGUGGUGAUCGACCGCUGCGAGUUUAACAUGCGGAUGCUGGAGCCAGGCGAGUCAGUGGACGAUUUUAUCUGCGCCCUGAAGGAGAUAGCGUCCUGCUGUGAUUUUUGCCCGAACUGCACCGAUGAUAGGUUCCGAGACCAUCUGGUGGUGGGCACCAGUGAUGACGAGGCCAGACGCCGCAUGCUGGAACUGCCCGAUCUGACCUUCCAGAUGGCCGCCGACCUGUGCCGGGCGUCCGAGAGCGCCCGUCUCAACAGCUCGGCGAUCCGUGGCCCGGGCGAGCCGUCUCUGCGCCAGCUCUCCGAGUACCGGCGACAGCGCGGUCGGCCGAGCGGCGCGGACUCGCGCUCGGCCGACCAGACCCGGCGGUGUGACCGCUGCGGUGCCGCGCAGCACACGGACGGUCGUGCCUGCCCCGCCCUGGGUCGCACCUGCCACCGAUGGCCACGAACGGGACCACUUUUCCUCGGUCUGCCGGUUUCGGUGCUGGCAGCGAAUGCAACCACGAGAGACACGGGGAACCGGCAGCAGCCAGCGCCGCCGGCAGCCCGGACGCCGGGCGCGCGCCUCAACAGUGUGACGGCCCACCGGUCGCCGCAGGUCCGGCUACAGCUGCACCUGCCAAACGGAGUCAGGCGGACGACCGUAUGGACGCCCGACACAGGCGCCGAGAUAUCAGCCCUCUCACUGCAACAAGCCGAGUCCAUGGGAGUGAGCAGAGCGGACCUCACGCCCUCCACGGCUGUGCUGUGGGCCGCCGACAGCCGCCGGCUGGACUGUGUGGGCACGUACGCCCUCACCCUGCAGCUCGGUGACGUCAUACAGACCGUGCAGGUGUCCGUUCUGCGAGCACUGCACUCACCACUGCUGUCGUGGCACGAUUGUAUCGGCCUGGGAAUUCUGCCAGCGAGCUUCCCGCGGCAGAUUUGCCAGCGCGGCUCGGCAGCCGAGACUGGGACGGACGAUUUCGACAAAUUGAAAGCCGAGUUCCCGAGGGUCUUCGAUACGGAGUCGACCCUGCGGAAGAUGACGGGGGAGCCGAUGAAGAUCGAGCUGACGGACGACGCCGUCCCUCACGCUGUGACCACCGCCCGGAAUAUCCCGUUCUGUUGGCGAGAGGACGUGCGACUGCAACUCGACGAGCUGAUGAAAAAGGACAUCAUCGAGCCGGUGGAGCACCCCACAGACUGGUGUCAUCCGAUCGUUCCUGUGGCCAAGGGGUCGUCAGACGGCACAGUGUCCGGCUGUCGGCUGACCGUGGACUUCACGAAACUGAACCGGUUCGUGAAGCGACCGACGUACCCGGUCCGCUCGCCUCAAGACGCACUCGCCUUCGUCUCACCCGGCGCUGCGUACUUCACCAAGCUGGAGUCUGGACAGCAAGGCGGGGUACCACCAGGUCCCCAUCCGGCCACAAGACAGAGACGAGACCUGACGUGUUUUAUCCCGCCGUGGAGCCGCUACCGCGCGGUGACGCCGCGCUCGGCGACAUCCCGCGCACGCACGUGUAAGGUCGUGGACGACGUCCUGGCCUAUGACGCUGACUACGCCGCCCACCUGCAGCACGUGCGGCAGAUUCUGCUAAGGUGUGACCAGCACGGUAUCACACUCAACCCGGACAAAUGUCAGUUCGCGGAAGACGAGGUCGAAUUCUGCGUCUUUCGCAUCAAUUCGGCUGGCUAUACCGCCGACGGCAAGAAAGUCCGUGCCAUCCAGGCCUUCCCCAGGCCGGGCAACAUCACCGACCUACGGUCGUUCCUCGGCCUGGUGACCCAGCUCGGCGCCUUCUCCCCAGAGGUCGCCGCCGCCGCCUAG